AUGUCCGCCAGCGGUCGUCGCUUCUGUCGCAGCCGUUGCCAAAGUUGUCAUUGUCAUCCGUACCAGCAGAAGCAGCAGCAGCAGCAGCAUCACCAGAAGCAGAAGCAGCAGCAGCAACAUCAACACCAGCAAUAG